GCGGCCUCAGGCCCGUCUCCUGCGGGGGGCCAGGGCCAGAGGCGGGGGAAGCCCGGGAGCCGCGGCGGCGGCGGCGGCGGCAACUCCGCUUCCCCCACGGCGGCCAAUGGGGCAGAACCACGCGAGCCUCCAAAACAGGAGGCGCUGCGGGCGGGGCUCCGCUCCCUUCGGCCGGCCUCCGCGCCGCCUCCCCUCCCCGGUGGUGGCUCCCGGAAUCCCGGCCGGGGUCAGGCCUGGGUGGCAGGUCCCCGACGCCGCACAGCCGGGGGACUUCGGGACACGGCGCGCGGGGCCUUCGAGUGCGAGCCGGGGCGCGCUCUACGUCUCCUGCAGCGGCCGCGGCCUCCGGCGCCCGGUGGGGCCCCGCCAAACACCUGACACUUGGCGAGGCGACCCGGUUCCUCUUCGACUUCACGGCCCGCAGGCGUGGACACCGCCCCUCCUCGGUCCGCUCCCACUCCCUGCCGCGGAGCAGACCGCGCGGAAGAAGCGGAUGAGCCCCGGAGUUGAUCAUAACUUGUGGGGUGCGGACG